CAAGUAUUCCAUCAUGUGGUUUUCUCGCCUUUCUUUAAUCUCAACUGACAACAAACACUCAUGACUGCUAAACCCGAAAGACUCGUAAUGACGGAAGAAGCUUUUCCUGAUAUUUAUCCUUACCUGACACCCCGAGACAUUCGCCUUUUCAACAGCUCGGAGAACCGUCAACAACGCUUAUUGCAAGAAUGGAAGUCCUCCAAAGCAUUCCUUUCAAAUAUCCCUGCCCGGGAGCUCCCAAAACACUUCUUUCCUCCGCCAAAAGAACGCGCAAGCGUUCUUUUCUACUGCGGCUGGCGAAUUACCUACAACCAACUCCAUGAAGUGGCGAUGAAGGAGUACCCUGAGGAGGUAGUAUCAAUACAGGGUAAAACCGAUAUAAUCUUCACUUGCCUGCGCUUGGUUCCUCGGCUGGCGAAGGAUUUCAAUCUACCCACGCUCGUUCUAAAGCGCACUUAUUGUGGACCUCGCAUGUCUGAUCGUGCACCCUUUCUCGCCAUAUGCCAUAAUUAUUUUGCGACUGCCCGACGACAAGAAAUACUCGAGUCAGAAGGGGUCGAGAGACUGAAGGAACUGCUGAAACUGAAUGAUGCAGUGUGGGUUGUUGAUGAACGUACUCAUCGUUGGCCUCGAGCCUUCAAAGGCAUGUCACUUCGAUCACACCAAUCCUGUCAGAUCCUCGCUACUGAUUACUGGCUACUGAUUACUGGCUACUGAUUACUGGCUACUGAUUACUGGCUACUUUAUACAGAACCUGCUCCCUACGUCGAAUAAUGUACUCGUGUCAUUUCAUCAAAAUACACAUCUAUUCCUCAUGUACACAGUAUACGUGCUCAUCGACCAAGACUAGAUCAAGAUCCUGGGAAAGAAGUGUUUCCGAUUUUAUGGUGACCCGAGUCUAGCGAUGAUAAAGGACCUACACACUUACUGUCGUAGUAUAGGAGAGUGAUUUUAAAAGCGAAGGUGACUGUCAAGACUC